AUGUCAUCUAAACGAUUGGUAAUUGAGGAGUUUGGAACAGGAUUAUCUCAUUCUUAUCAGCUUCCUUCACCUGCACAACUGAAUUCACAAUUGCAGUACCAACAGCAAUACCAACAGCAUCAUCCACACUUAGAUUAUUCUGGAAGAAAUCAUUUCAAUAGUGACAUGUCCUUUGUAGAACGAGUUGCGCCUCAGCGUGUAUCUGCUGGAGGUCAAGAUUAUGCUCUUCAAAAUGGGCAGUUGAAGCAGCAGAUACGAACCCAAAAGCCACCUCAGUUUAACAGUAUUCCACCUUCAGCAACAGUUAAAGCUGGAGAGUCAAUCACAUUUACUGCUAGGACAUCCGAUCGACCAAUACCACAUUUAAAUUGGUAUCGCUCCGACGGUAGUCAGAUCACGACAGAUGGACAUUAUGUUGUAGAGAACUCUCUUGAUGGUACUACUAAGCUAACCAUCAACAAGUGUACAGCUGAUGAUAGAGACACUUACUUAUGCAUAGCAGAAAAUAAUGGAGGAGCCGUGCAAAUACGUUGCUCUCUUAAUGUAGUCGAGCAGAAACCAAGAAGUGCUCCGCAGUUUGUUGGAAAAUUUCAGUCUGUUACAAUUUAUGAAGGAGAUUCCUUGACACUUUAUUGCAAAGCAGUAGGUGAAAAGAUUCGGAUGAGUUGGUUUAAAGAUAGUAUACUUUUGAAAACUGGCGGUUCGUACAAGAUAGAAGAUAAAGGAAACGGAGAAUCUACACUGCAGAUUCUUAGUGCCAAACUUGCUGAUGGUGGUUGGUAUCAGUGCAAUGCUACAAAUGAGUCUGGAACUUCAUCUCUUAAAGUUGUUUUUGAUAUUGGACGUGUGGUUGUUCAGACGCGUCAAAAAUUGGAUUUAGCAGAUGACGGUAUUAGAAUACGAAAGACUGAUCGUCGUAUGAUUAGAUAUGGAGAAAGACUUCAAAGUGACACUAAUGAAGUGCGAGCGACUUCUACACAACUACCAAAGUUCUUGAACAUGAUCAAGAACUUAAGUUUGGUUGAGGGUCAAGCCGCUUUACUCAGCUGCACAUAUUCGCCACCAGAUGAUCCAAACUUGAAAAUAGCAUGGCUAUUGAAUGGAAAAGCUGUGAUGGCAAGUUCUCGUCUUUCAACUGUAACAGAUCAUGGUUAUGCAGCUUUGGAAAUAAAUCCUGUUACUGUAUUUGAUAAAGGGGAAUAUACAAUAGUAGCAGUAAAUACGUUGGGUGAAGCUCGUCUCUCUGUAUUUGUAGAUGUCACAGGUGACUCUGUUAGACAUCGAAGUGCUUUGACGGACACUUCAAAUGUAAUUCUUUAUGAAAGAUCUCAGAAUAGUAAAAUUGCUGAAAUGCCGAAUUUCCAUACGGAAUUAAGAUCGAUGGAAGUUUUUGAUGGUCAGCGUGUUCAUUUGGAAGCGAGAUUUUCACCAGCAGAUGAUCCAAAUAUUAAAAUAUUGUGGCUUUUCAAUGGAGAAUAUUUGAAAUCAAGCGAUAAUAUACAAAUAUUAAACGAAUAUGGAAUCGUUGCUUUGGAUAUUUUAAAUAUUACUCCAGCAGAGGCUGGUAAUUAUACCUGUCAGUUGACUAAUGAUGUGGGUACUAUGGAAUCGACAGCUACCAUACUUGUUCAACCCGGUAUAAAAGAUUUCGUUCAGCGAAAUAUAAUAGAUGUGGACGAUGCCCGCGAGCUUCAACAAGAGCUUGAUGCUUCAUCUCACGCUCCUGUUUUCGUUACCAGUUUAUCAAAUUUUCACUGUGAUCAAGAGCUUGGGCGUUCAUAUUUUGAAGCACGCAUUACUCCUGUGAAUGACCCCACAUUAAAAGUAAUUUGGCUAAAAGAUGGUCGUCCUCUUCUUGUUGCAAAUCGGAUUCAAACGUUCAGUAAUUUUGGUUUUGUCUCAUUAACGUUGAAUCCAACAUAUCCCGAAGAUGAAGGCACAUAUACAUGUAUCCUAAAAAAUUUACAAGGUGAAGCUCAGAGUGUUGCGCAGCUUACGACUGUACAUACAGCCAAUUUACAACUGAAUUCUAAACAUGAGCAGUCCUUGGCACAAAUUGGAUAUCUUGAAGGCCAGCAGAUUCACAUCGGACCACCAUCUGUUGAAAGACCUGAAGAAUCAUUCAGUAUGGAACAGCCACGUUUCGUUCGUCAGCUAGAAAGAUUUGUGGAAGUUAACGAAAAUGAACCGGUUCAUUUCGAAGCACGUAUUUUGCCUGCCAGCGAUGUUAGAAUGGUUGUUGAGUGGUACCACAAUGGAGCACCGUUACCCGCAGCACACAGAUUCAAGCCGAUGUUUGAUUUUGGUUAUGUCGCUUUAGACAUUUUGUAUGCUUUUCCGGAAGAUUCAGGAGUCUACACUUUAAUUGCUAGAAAUGAGUUGGGUGAGGUGCAGUCAAAUCUGGAGUUAAUUGUAAACUCAGAAAAAUCUUUGUACCUGGACGCGCAUCAUCCAGAAGGGUUGAGUAGAAUUCAAGAAUUGGAACAGAGUCGCAUCCGACCUCUAGAACAUCCAAAUGAUCGUGAGUGUGAUCAUGAACCUCGAUUCAUAGGGGAUCUCCAUGAUUUAGAACUCAAUGAAAGUGAUGAUAUCCAUUUUACCCUGAAGCUGGAACCUGUGAAUGACCCAACAAUGAAAGUAGAGUGGUACGUCGAUGGACGUCCACUUCUGGCUAGUUCACGUGUCCGAACUCAAUAUGAAUUUGGCUUUUUAAUGGCUGAAAUUCAAGGAGCUAUCGCAGAAGAUUGUGGAAUUUACAGUGUAAAAGCGACAAACAAACUUGGUGAAGCAGUGAAGCAAUGCGCAGUAUCCGUAAGACCCCACGUAGCAGUACUUUCGGAGACGCAACAUCAAGAAAGUUUAAAUAAAAUUCAUCAGAUAGAAAGCUCAAAUAAGUACAGUCGACAAGAAGUAGAAGACAAAGGUUCCCAGGAGCCUCCACGAUUUACAAAAUUACUACCAGAUGAUAUUGGUACUGUUGAGGAAGGAGAGCCACUUCAUUUAGAGUGCCAAGUAAUUCCAGUGAAUGACAACACUUUAAGCAUUCAUUGGCUGAAAAAUGGAAAACCUAUCCCUACAGGGCAUAGAUUUCGUGUCUUUCAUGACUUUGGAUUCGUUUCUCUGGAUAUUUUGGAUGUAUAUGCUGAAGACUCAGGCACAUACACUUGUGUUGCAAAAAAUGCAUUUGGAGAAGCAACAUCAUCAAUUAGUUUCAUUUGCGAUGCUAAAGAACGAGUUUUGGCUCAAACGCACCAUCCAAGUAGUGUCGCUAAGAUUCAAGAAAUCGAAGCUCCAAAACCGAUUCCGAAGGAAUCACCUGAUGCAAUAAAAGAAGUCCCGAAAAUCAUUAAGCACAUUAGUAAUGGUGAAAUGAUGUAUGUUACUGAAGGAGAUAGUGUUAAUUUGGGAGCGCAAAUCACUCCUGUUGAUGACAAUACAAUAACAUAUGAAUGGCUCUUGAAUGGUAGACCAUUGAUGAAAGCUCAUCGCUUUGUCCUAAGUCAUGAUUUUGGGUUUAUUGCGCUUAAUAUAUUGUACAUGUAUCCAGAAGACAGUGGUACGUACACAUUAGUUGUCAAAAAUUCAGCCGGUCAAGUUCAGUCUGUUGCUGAUAUUGAUUGCAAAGCUAAAGGAAGCAUGAUAACAGAAUCAUUCCAUCCGAAUUCAGUGCAGCGAAUUCGUGAGCUAGAAAUGCCCUUACAGCCAGCAGAUAAACAUCCAGAAGCACCUCGAGUGGCUCCAAGAAUUGUACGACCAUUACCACCCCAAGUAAAUCAUGUGCACGAAAGUCAAACACUUCAUUUAGAAGCGCAAAUUUCACCUGUCGAUGAUAAUCAGCUUGAGGUUUACUGGCUUCACAAUGGACAGUCUUUGAAAGCUGGGAGCAGAUAUCGCUUAAUGAAUGAUUUUGGUCUUGUAUCGUUAGAUAUUGACUAUAUCAUCGCUGAAGAUGCUGGAACUUAUACAUUGGUAGUUAUAAAUCCUGAAGGUCGUGCUGAAACAAGCACUCAAUUCGAUGUAGAGCGUUUAAAAAACAUCUAUCUGGAAUCUGAACAUCCUGAAAGUUUACGAAGAAUUCAAGAAAUUGAAGCGAUCGAACCAGCUAAGCCAUCUGAAGAAGAAAUUGUUUUUGAAAUGCCACAUUUCAUACAGUCAUUGAAUGGACCGAAAGAAAUCCUUAGAGAAGGGCAGUCAGUGCACAUGGAUUGCAUAGUUGAACCAAUCAGAGAUCCUAAUCUGAAGAUUGAAUGGUUCGUAAACGGUUAUCCGAUUAUGUUUGGAUCACGUAUCCGGACAAUGCAUGACUUCGGUUAUGUAGGUCUCGAGUUUCUGCACAUUCAUCCUGAAGAUUCUGGUACUUAUACAUGCAAAGCAAGUAAUGUAGCCGGUGAAGCGAAAUCUGAAUUUUUCAUCGAAUGUCAACCUCGAAGAAACGUAUACCUCGAUACUCAGCAUGCUGAGUCACUUACGAAAAUACAAGAGAUUGAAAGUCAUAAACCGAUACGAGUACCAUCACCUGAACUCUCCUUCCCUCCUCCAACGUUUACUGAACCUCUGCAAAAUUUGGAUGAUGUUGUUGAAGGCGAGAGUGUGCGAUUGAAAUGUAGAUUACAACCGUACAAUGAUCCAACUUUGAAAGUAUAUUGGACUAAAAACGGUCUUCCAUUGCCAGAAGGAAGCCGUUUUAUGCCGGCUCAUAAUUUAGACUAUGUAACCUUGGAUUUGCUUGCUGUAUAUGGUGAAGAUUCUGGUAUAUAUUCCUGUCGAGCAGUAAGCGAAUUCGGUGAUGCCACUACUUCAUGCGUUAUAAAAUGUCAACCAUCGAAAUCACUGCUUUUGGAUACUCAUCAUCAAGAGUCGUGGAAUCAAAUUCAAGAUAUUGAAAAUCGUCGGCCACAAGAACCUAUUUUUGUUGAACCGGAGAAAAUAUCACCGCAUUUCGUAGUACCAUUGCCGUCACACUUAGGUGAAUUCCAUGAAGGUGAACCUAUUCACAUAGAAGGACAGAUUGAGCCUACUAAUGAUAAUCAACUAACAGUAGAAUGGUAUCAUGAUGGACAACCGUUAGUAAAUGGACAUCGUUUCCGCAAAUCUUAUAGUUUUGGAUAUGUUUCUUUGGAUAUUCUAUAUGCUUUUCCUGAAGAUGGUGGAGAAUGGACUUGUGUAGCGAAAAAUAGCAUGGGCAAUUUCGUAUUCGUGCUACGGUCACUUAUGGCAAUGCAUAUUAAAGAUUUCUCAAUUUUCAAUAUAGGUGACGCUCAUUCCACUUCAACAUUAAACGUCAUUAGCAAGAAGGUAAUUUACGAUGAAAGUCAGCAUCCAGAGAGUUUGCAAAGAAUUCGUCAGUUUGAAACUCCUAAAGAUGUGCCACCAGAGGCACCAGAACUGAAGCCGCUGUCUCCGAAGUUCGUACAGCCAUUGCAAAUCAUUGAAAGAAUUGAGGGUCAACCUGCUCACUUUGAAACAAGGGUGACUCCGAUGAAUGAUCCAAAAAUGAAAAUACAAUGGUUUAAAGAUGGUUUUCCUCUUCUUAAUAGUAAUCGAUUCCACCAUACAUCUGAUUUUGGAUUCAUCGGCCUCGAUAUUACAUAUACUGUUCCAGAAGAUGCGGGCACAUACACAGUUGUAGCAACUAACGAACAAGGACAAGAUCAAGUAGAAGGGCAGUUGUCAGUUGAUACCAAAUCAGCCAUCAUUAGUGAUACACAACAUGAAAAGAGCUGGCAAAAAAUACAAAUGUUAGAGCAGCCAAAAAAGAAGUCUGAAGAGAUAACAGAAACUUUGUUUGAGCCACCUCAUUUCACGCGGCACCUAAACUCCAUUGAAAAUCUUAUCGAGGGUCAACCGGCUCAUUUCGAAGCAAACUAUAGCCCAAUUAAUGAUCCACAGCUAGUUAUUUCGUGGUUUCGUAAUGGCCAACCAAUCGCUGCUUGUAGUCGUAUUUCCAUGAGAAAUGAAUUUGGCUUGGUGACUCUUGACAUACACUAUGUAUUACCAGAAGAUAUUGGUGAAUAUCGUUGUUUGGCUAGAAAUGCAGCAGGUGAAAAUGAAACAGCGUGUAGCCUUGAAUGUCGAACUCGUGCAAGUAUUUUGAAAGAUGUACAGCAUCCAGAGAGUUGGAAACGCAUUCAAGAAAUUGAAGCACCUAAGGCAGCUAUGGCAAUUCCAGAGCCAGUAAUUCAUGCUAAACCAACUUUCACUCAACCUUUGCAAAGUGUGAACGUUCAGGAAGGCGAAGUUGUUCUUUUAGAAGCAAAAGUUGUGCCAAUCAAUGAUCCAAAAUUGCAAAUUCAAUGGUUUCACAAUGAGUCGCCAUUACAACAGAGCAGCUGGCAUACAGUUACUAAUGAUUUUGGAUGUGUCACUUUGCGCAUUUCGCCUGUUUAUCUUCAUCACUCCGGUGUUUAUUCAUGUAAGGCUGUGAAUGAAAAGGGAGCAGCUAUUACGAGUGCCAAUGUCUCUAUCUCAAGCGCUAGCAAUCUGAUCAUGGAUACGCAACAUCCGGAUUCGUUAAAAAAGAUCCAGGAACUAGAAUCAAUCGAUAAAAAUGCUAGGCUAGAAGCACCAGAAGUUGAUUUCGGCAAACCAAAUUGGAUCAAAGUUUUUGAUAAUAUUGAUAACUUACAAGGAGGUGAAAUUAUGCAAUUAGCUGGAUAUUUGGAACCAGUAGGCGAUCCACAUCUAAGGAUCGAAUGGUAUCACAAUGGCGUUCCGUUACAAAAUUCAAAUCGAUAUCGUCAUGAUAAUGAUUUUGGAAAUGUCACUUUAACAAUAGUAUAUGUUCUCCCAGAGGAUUCUGGGUUGUAUACAUGCAAGGCCAUCAAUAAUCGAGGUGAAGCCGCAACCAGUGCUACAGUCAGAGUUGAUGGUUAUGAAACAAUUGUACGUGAUACACAACAUCCAGUAUCUUGGCAAAAAAUUCAAAUUUUGGAAGCACCUGUGCAUGUAGAAGAAAUGGAAGAAGUUGUCGAGAAAGAGAAGCCACGGUUUCUAACACAACUCGAGUCAGUAGCUGACGUACCGGAAGGGGCGAUCGUGCAUUUGGAGGCGACCUUCCAACCUGCUCGAGAUCCAGAUCUUAAGGUAGUGUGGUUACAUAAUGGGCAACCAUUGGGCGCGAGCCAGUUGGUUAAAACACAAAGCGAAUUAGGAUGGGCUACUCUUGACAUCGGUGGUGUUAAUUUAGAUCAUAACGGCAUCUAUACUCUCAAAAUUAUUAACAGUGAAGGGGAAGCUGCUUCAUCUGCAUCGAUUAAGGUUGCUGGUAUUGGUGAUGUCUUAUUUGAGACUUCACAUGAGGAGUCAUGGCGAAGGAUCCAAGAAAUUGAAGCACCGAAAGAAAAAACGCCAGAACCACCACCACCGAUUUACGAAGCUCCAUCAAUUCAUGAACAAAUCUCUGAUGUCGAAUGCAGUGAAGGAGAACCUUCACACUUUGAGGCAGUUAUCGUUCCAACUAAUGACCCUAAUUUAGUAGUUACUUGGCUUCGUAAUGGCCAGUUAUUAGCACAUGGUUCAAAAUAUGCGAUUUCCCAAGAUUUUGGCUUUUGCACUUUGGAUAUUGGCUACACGUAUCCUGAAGACCAAGGAGUCUAUCAGUUGCGUGUGUCCAACGAAAAAGGUGAAGCAAUCUCAAGUGCUAUAUUAAAGUGUCAUGCAAAAGAAGCAAUAUAUGGUGACACACAGCACUCGGAAUCAUGGAGACUUAUUCAGGAAUUAGAAGCUCCGAAAGCACCAAUGCUUGAGAUGCCACAACCUCCAAAAAUGAAACCUUGUUUCUUGUCACAGAUUCAGAGUCCUGGUAAUCUAUAUGAAGGACAAUCAGUUCAUUUUGAAGCCACAGUGGAACCUGUGGACGAUCCUGAUCUUGAAAUACAGUGGUUUUUGAAUGGAGACUUAAUAUCAGCCAGCUCUCGAAUCAAAAUGAUCAACGAUUUUGGCUGGGUAAUCAUGGAUAUAAGUGGAGUGGAACCGCGCGACAGUGGCGAAUGGACAUGCGUUGCGUCAAAUAAAGCUGGUGAAGCAAAGUGUUCCGCUAUCAUUAAUAUUUUAAGCAAAGAAAGCAUUGUUCGAGAUUCGAUACAACCUCAAAGUCUUGACAGAAUCAUAGAAAUCGAAACUAGGAAACCCGCACUUCCAGAGUUGCCACCAAAAGUUUUUGAAGCACCAAAAGUUAUUGUACAUCUAAAAGAACCUGUGAAUCUCAGUGAAGGUGAUAGCACUCAUUUUGAAGCUCAGUUCACUCCAGUUGAUGAUCCGAAAUUGGAAGUUGAAUGGUUUAGGGACGGUAAACCUUUAUUCCAUGCAAAUCGAUUCAAAAUGGUUCAGGAUUUCGGCUUUGCAAUACUUGACAUCUCACACCUUUUUGCGCAGGAUGCUGGUGAGUAUACUGUCAAAAUCAGAAAUGCUGUGGGAGAAGCGAGUUCGUCAGCAUUCUUGAAAAUUAUUCCUAAAGAGAGUCUUUUAUUACAGCCUCAGGACGCUGGUAAAGCAAAAGCAGUUGAACAACUAGAGUAUAAUUUAUAUAUGAAACCGGAAAAAAAAUCUGUAGAAGAACAGAAAACAGUACCAGUGUUUAUUGAACCUUUAUCAGCUCCUCUUACAUGUGAAGAAGGAGAUCGUGUUCAUUUCACUGCAAGAUAUGAACCACUGAACGACGAUGAAUUACAAAUCCAGUGGUAUUUGAAUGGGAAAACAUUAAAAACUGGAAGUCGUGUCAAGACAAUUCAUGAUUUUGGUUUUGUUGUACUUGAAAUAUCGCCUACAUAUCCAGAAGAUUCUGGAGAAUACACAUGCCGUGCUAUGAAUAAGAUUGGUGAAGCAGUAACUAGCACGCAACUCACGUGUGAACCAAGACAAAGUAUUAUAACAAAGUCUCAGCUUCCAGAUAAUAUGUCUGGUGCUUAUAAAAAAAUCGUUAAAAUCGAAGCACCGAAAGCGCCUGAUCUCGAAAAACCUGAUAUUGAUUAUGAACCACCAAAGUUUAUUACGCAGCUACAAUCUCUCUCCGAUUUGCUAGAAGGACAAAUGGUUUAUCUAGAAGUGCGACUGGAACCCGUUAAUGAUCCUAAUCUAAAAGUUGAGUGGUUCCAUAAUGGACAACCUGUGGGUCACACAGCGCGCAUGAGAACAAUCCAUGACUUCGGGUUUGUUGUUCUAGAGCUAGUACCCGCUGAGCCUCAAGAUUCGGGUAUCUGGUCAUGUCGUGCAACUAAUCAGAAGGGUUACGAUGAAACAUCUUGUAACAUCCAGGUACGUGGUACUGGUGGCAUUGUUUCGGAAUGGCAAAGUACUGCUGAAAGCAAAAAUCGCAUUGAACAGCUUGAAAAGUAUAUCCAUCGCCCAAAAGAAGAAUUGGAUCAACCAAUUAAGGAGUACGAUGCACCAUAUUUCACUCAAGAUCUUACUGAUCUUGGAACGAUGAAUGAAGCGGAAGCAACUGCUUUUACCUGUGUGUUGCAACCAAUCGGUGACCCAUCACUUCGUAUUGAAUGGCUUCAUAAUGGACAUGUUAUGCCUUAUUCAAACAGAAUACAAAUGUCAAACGAUUUUGGUGUUGCUACAUUGCUCAUUAAACAUCUUAUCAGUGAAGAUAGUGGAGAAUAUAAAUGUAUUGCUCAUAACUCUAAAGGGCGGGCAGAAACUGUUGGCUACAUUAAAGUUGCAUCAGUCACUCAAGUCGAAGCACCUAGAAUACUGCAACCCUUGCAAGGAGAUUCGAUUCAUAUGGAAUGUCGUGUUACACCUAUCAAUGAUUCUAAAUUGAUAGUGAACUGGCUCAAAGACGGUGAACUACUUCCGGAAGCCUCACGUUUGAAGGCUCGAUGCGAAUUUGGUUAUGUCACUUUGGAUAUUUUGUAUGCUCUUCCAGAAGAUAGUGGAGUGUAUGACUGUGUUAUUAUGAAUGAUCAAGGAGAAGCAUCUACUAAAACACAUGUCCUUUCGAUGCCGAAACUAGAGUUUUCACCACAAGCGCCAAGAGCUAAUAUUGAAUAUCUAGAAAACCAUUUGCGUCAGCAUACUGCAAUGGCUUUAGCACUUAAUAAGGAUGACGCAUACCAAGAAGCUUUGAAACGGCCUCCUGAAUUUAAAACGAAUUUAGCAAAUAUUGGCGUUGAGGAGGGUGAAUAUUGUCGUUUCGAGACACAAAUUGCUCCAGUUAAUGAUCCAUAUAUGAAAUUAGAAUGGUUCAAAAAUGGAAAACCUGUUUUGAUUGGUAUUUUUUUAAAGUCAUCACUAAAUAUUAUUUCAGGGUACCGAUUUCGAUCAAUGCUAGAUUAUGGAUUUGCAUGUUUGGAUAUUCUUUACUCUUUACCAGAUGAUACUGGAGAGUAUACUUGUGUAGCAACAAAUCCUUAUGGAAAAGCAUCAAUUUCAGCGAAAUUAGCUUGCUCUAGUUCCAAACACAUUAUCACUGAAAGCCAGUUACCACAAGGUCUUCUUGUUUCUGAUGUCAAGAAACUUGGUGAUCAGCCAUACUGGUCUGAAGAAAUUGGUGAAAGACCUCGUGAAAAGCAAGCACCAAAGUUCACAAUUAAACCGAUGAAUAUCCAGGUUGUCGAGAGUGAACCUGCCAGAUUUGAGUGCGCAGUAAUUGGUAAUCCAAAACCAAAAGUUAUAUGGUACAUCAACGGAAACCAGGCCAUCCACGGAAAUAGAUUCAAAUUAAAUUAUGAUGGAAUCUAUUAUUUAACCAUUUUGAAAACGAGAAUUUCUGAUGUUGGAGAAGUAUUGGCAAUAGCAAAGAACUCGGAAGGAGAAGCGAUGGCUUCUGCUAUGCUAGAUGUUUAUCAGAAAAAAGAUUUCCGACAUGUUAAAUUAAAGUCAACAUCUUUCAAAACAAUCGAUGAAUUGCAUGAGAGGGAGUUGGGUUGGCAAAAAGAAACUCUUGGCUCUCUUGGGGAUGCGUUCGAAAAGGCGCCAAAAGGUAAUCAGCAGAAACUGAUGCGAGUCGAGCGAUCGAAAACACCUAUUCAAUCGCUUGAAAGUGCAGAACUUAUCGAGAAAUUCACUAGACCUAAGGAUGAAAAGUUUUAUGACCAACUGAGUUAUGUUGAGGUUACUCGUCCUACUUUCGAAGGCAUGAAACUUGAAGAAGUAGCUUUGAGGGCUGGUAGUAUUGCAAAAUAUGAACCAAAGAAAGAAAAAAUGGAACGAGUAGAACUGAAAGCUGCUCCUAAGGUAGAAAAAGAACCAAUAGCAACAGGUGCGGGUGUAUCUAAACCACAAUGGGCAGUCGAAAAGAAGCUUGGAAAUGUUGAAUCACGAUUCCGUAGACUUCCUGAACCAGAGAUAGAACCAGUUGUGCCAGCACGUGAUCAAGUCAAAUUUAAAGUCGCGAAACCAAAACUGGCUGCUGAAUUUCCAACUGCACAACACGUUGAAAUCGACAAAGAAAAAGCGAAAUUGGCGUUUGUAAAACAAGGACCGAAGAUAGAAAAAGAGAUUGAAUUGCCAGCAAAAGAUCAAGUAAAGAUGAAGCAGAAAUUCCAGCCAAAAAUAGUGAAACCAUUCGAGUCACCAGUUAUUGAAAGUGGUCCUUUGAAAGAAACGCCUGUCGUUGUUAAAGCAAAGGCUACAGAAAUAGUGGUGCCAUCGAAACCCACCAUAUUGUAUCAGACAUACCAUGAACGAUCCAAGCAUGCUGUUGAGACACUAGCAAGACCAGAAAACUUCAAGGUUGAAGAUGUGGAAAAUGUCACUUACAUUCGGGACACUCGAUCUCGAGAACGAAUUCAAGGCUUUCGCAUUAUUCGACGUCAUGUUCCCCAACCAACCAAAUUUGGACAAACUCAAAAAACAGCACCACAAAUAUCGCAGCAUCUUAAACCAUUACAAGUUGAAAUUGGACGCCGAGCACAAUUCAGUGUUCUGUUCAGCGGUGAUGAGCCUAUUACUGUACAGUGGUUCUUAAAUGGCAAGGAGAUUAAGCCCAGUUUCGAAUUCCAGAUUGCUAUUACUUCAACGAGUUCAACGUUAACAAUAACAAAAGUGAAGCUGGAACAUAACGGUGAGUAUGUGUGUCGUAUCACAAACGUAGCGGGUGCUCAAGAAUCUAUGGCCAAUUUGAUGGCAGUCCCAGUGAUAGAUCGUGGAAAAGCGCCUGAAUUUAGACAGCGGAUGAACGAUAUUAGUGUGCCUCAAAAUGCUAUCUCCCAAUUCAAAUGUAUUGUUAUCGGGACACCGGAACCGACUACCAGUUGGUUCAAGGAUGGCAAACCUUUACCAAAUGAUGCUCGAUAUCAAACUCUAGAUCACAAUAAUGAACAUGAAUUAAUUAUCAAUGACACUUUACCUCGGGAUGCCGGCAUUUACGAAUGUGUUGUGAAAAAUAUCGCUGGGGAAACCAGGUGUAAAGCUCGUUUGAAUGUCAUACUAGCAAAAACUGGUAAAAGUGCGGAGAGUGGACCACGAUUAGAAGCACCUCGAUUCCAAAUUCAGAUACAGCCUACUGUAGUAACUGAAGGUGCACCAGCUGAAUUCAGGGCUAAAUACUCAGGUUCUCCAGAACCAAUGAUUCGAUGGUAUCGUAAUAAUGAACCCAUCAAAAAGAGCAAGUACAUUGGGAUGAGUCAAGAUAAAGGAGAGGCAUUUUUGCGCAUCUCACAGUGCUACCCAGAUGAUGUGGCUGAAUACAAGUGUGAAGCAAUUAAUCCUGCUGGUAGAGCAACUACCGUUGCUAAUUUGCUUUUGCAGCCAAAAGGUGGCGUCGUACUUCGAUCAACUACUUUGGGAUCAUCUUCCGCUGCUGGUGAUGCACCAAACGAAGGUUUUACGCAAACUCCUCAAAUUAAAAAGGGUCCUUCGGGCAUUCCGCAAUUUCUUUCACAUCUGUCUGACAUUACUGCUCGAUCAGGUCACACAGUGAAGUUCGUUGCUGAAAUAUCAGGUAAUCCACAACCGACUGUCACAUGGCAAUUUAAUGGAAAACCAAUCUAUGAUGGUCGCAAUAACAAGAUAUCACUAAUUGGUAACAAAGCUAUUUUGGAGCUGCAACGUAUUUCGGAAACCCAUGCUGGUGACUAUGUUGUAACAAUUCGUAAUCCGCUAGGUGCUGCUCAAAGUCAAGCAAGACUAAGAAUUCAGCUACGAUAG